AUGUUCCUGACGACGCUGACUGCUUUGGUAACGCUUUCUCUGUGCAGGAACGAUGCGGUUGUGAUUUCUGGAAGGAAGCUGGCCCGGCAGAUCAGACAGGAAGCUCGGCACGAGGUUGAGCAGUGGGUAGCAGCUGGAAACAAGAGACCUCACCUCAGCGUUGUUCUGGUCGGUGAAAAUCCAGCCAGUCACUCCUACGUACUGAACAAAACCAAAGCGGCUGCUGAUGUGGGAAUCAGCAGUGAAACCAUCCUCAGGCCAGCUUCUAUUAGUGAAGAAGAGCUCCUGGAUUUGAUCAGCAAACUCAAUAACGAUGCCAAUGUGGAUGGUCUGCUAGUCCAGCUUCCUUUACCUGAACAUAUCGAUGAGCGCAAGAUUUGCAAUGCUGUGACUCCAGACAAGGAUGUUGAUGGCUUUCACGUGAUCAAUGUGGGGCGCAUGUGCCUUGACCAGUACUCCAUGCUGCCAGCUACCCCGUGGGGGGUGUGGGAGAUCAUUAAGAGAACUGGCAUCCCAACACUGGGGAAGAACGUGGUGGUGGCUGGCAGGUCGAAGAACGUGGGCAUGCCCAUCGCCAUGCUGCUGCACACCGAUGGCAGGCACGAGCGCCCAGGAGGUGAUGCCACGGUCACAAUAUCCCACCGCUACACUCCCAAGGAGCAGCUGAAGCAACACACAAUCCGUGCGGAUAUCGUGGUCGCGGCAGCAGGCAUACCCAACCUGAUCACAGCUGACAUGAUCAAAGAAGGAGCUGCAGUUAUUGAUGUGGGAAUAACAAGAGUGCAGGAUCCUGUCACGGCCAAGUCAAGGCUGGUUGGAGAUGUGGAUUUUGAAGGGGUGAAGAAGAAAGCCAGCUACAUCACUCCAGUCCCGGGGGGAGUUGGGCCCAUGACAGUUGCCAUGCUGAUGAAGAACACCAUCAUUGCUGCCAAGAAGCUGUUGAAACCCAAAGAGCUGGAAGCAUUAACUGCUUAACGGGGGGGACUCUCUUUAGCACUGAAAACAACAUUCCAAACCGACUCCCAAACAGGCCGAUAGAAAAUGCAAUAUUUUUAUUUAUUGUAUUGGAAGUGGAAUUUCCUAUUCUGAGGUCAUAGCUAUUUAUUGGAAGCUGAGACACAUGCACAUUAGUUGUACUAACGUGUAAGCAUCUACACUCCUGGCCUACUCGUGCUAGCAAAGCUGUGUGAUGUGUAAGCUAGCCCUCCUAGGAAGCCAGCCCCACUCUCCCAGGGAGGCGGCAGCGGUUGGGAUCCUGGGUGUGC